AUGGGAUGCACCCCGCGGCUUCCUGCAUCUGCCCCUAGGAGAGCCCAGCAUCUCUCCCCUCGGGGCUCCAGUUGGGUUCACCGCUCCGAACUCAAGCUCGGUCCUCAGAGGCAACCUCGCCCCGCCCCUUUUGGGCCGCUGAGAAAACCUGGCUGGGUGGAUCGCCCCGGGGACAGGUUCCGCGCUCCGCCAGCCGGGCCGCGCACGCCGGAGGCCGGGGUUCCUGAGCCCGAGCGUGAAGUCCGGGGCGGUAGGAAGCUGCAGCCUGCGAGUGGGCGGGGCCGAGGAGACCUAGGAGGGUUCAAAGGGAGGUGGAGGGAUACACGGGCCACAGUCGGAACUACUUUCAGGAGGCGGUCACGUGUGUUCCUAGUUGGGGAACUUUCCAAAUUCCCAUUACCCCAUAGCUCGAGAGGCAAGUGCUUCGCUUUCUUCACCCGGGGUGCCUUCUGCGGGCAGCGGGACCCCAGAGCCUCCUGGGUCGCGGCAGCAACACAAGCUCGGGCGAGCCUCCCGCCGGAGCGCUGUCGGGGCUGACGCCUGGGGACCUGGUUACACAAGCACCCACAUCCAAGCACGUGCCCCCACCUCCCCGCACACUGGCCGCCGCCGCUGAUUCUUGCAGACCACCGUGCCAGCGUUUUCAGGCUGGUCCCACCCUUCGCCUGCUACCCAGAGAGCAAGCUAAAGGGCCGAGACCUGAGACUCCUUGCUCCGGAUCAGCUAACUGCGCGUUCCCAACCGUGGGAGAAAGGGCUGGGCCCGGGGGUCUGGCGCAACUCCCUCGCUAGUACCCUGCCCCUUAGGGCGAACCUUGCUGGUGCUGUGCUUCGCGGGGCAAAAGGGUAUCUCCUACAGCAGCCUGCUGCUUGA